UUUAUUUUGAAAUGAACUCGAACCGGAAGUCUUGUCGCUGUAUUUGCUAACGCAGGUAGCAAUGGACCGCUCUGGAAAAGAAGCAUGGAAGCCGCCUCGAGCGUGCGAUGACUACUGGAGUGAAUUCAGACACUGCAAAAGCUUGAAGAACUGUUUUCACCACUACUACACCUAUGGUACCUCGCCGUCCUGCCAGCAGUGGAAAGAGGACUUCCACAACUGCAGAGAGUGGGAGAAACACAGAGCCACCGAAUCCAAGGAAGCCUUACAGAGGAGUGAGAGGAACAGAGUGGCAGAGCAGAGGAAGUUCACCCCAGUGUGGGAACUGAGGCAAAGCCCUCCCAGAGACUGGCACAUGCCGCUGAACCAGGAAAAGCCUCAGGACUCAUGAACUUUCACUAUUUAACCCCCGAUGUCUCCGUUCCAUGCCGGCCAAAGCGAGGUGACUUAAAUUAUUUAGAGACACUGGUCCCUUAAUGCCUGUAUUCAGUGAGCUGCUGUGUGAAAACAUGUUUAAACAGCGGUAGCAGCACCUAGUGGCCACUGAUGAGUACGACAGCAUCUAUAUUCAACGAGUAAAUUACAAGAUGAUCUCUCCAAAGGCAGGUGUUUUUUUCUCGUCAUAAAUGAUUAAUUCUCUAAAGGCGCAUGUAAAAAAUAAAAUAGUAAAUGCGUUUAAAGAUGAAUUUCCUUGUUUUUCCCUUUGUCAAGCGUAAUAAAUGGGUACUAUUGCGAUACA